GUAUCUUUCUAUCACCUAUAUAAAAACUAAGAGAUAUAAUGGGAUACAACAGGAAAUCUUUUAAAAAAACAAAUCUUCAUAAAAAAAACUUGUAGGAGCUCUACAGCAAAAAUUCUACCCAAAACAAAAAUAACUAUAUGGAAAAUUAGAUCCAUAACGAAAUGAGGCUUUUUUGGGUUGUAAAUUGGACAUUUUCAUUGCGAAUCUUAAGGAGAGCUCUUUAUGAUUCUGACAGAAUGGGAUAUGUUGGCCAUUGUGUUAUAACAUGAAAGGAGCAAUUAUGUUUGUAAUAAAAGUUAGAAUUUAGGAAGAGCUGGGUUAGAUUAGAUGAAAGGCUUCUCUGGAUUAGCAUUCUGUUUCCAGAUGCCCAUGGGAAGCUCAUAUGCAGAAGGGCAGUAGCAGCUGUGUGUCUUGAACAACUGGUACCCGCAACUAAUACAAUUCACAGUCUAUAGAUUGAGAAGAGUAGAGGGACGUGUAAUUUAUCAUUGACCCAACAUUAUGUGUUCAGUCUAGUGAUUUCUAGAAGUAGAUGUAUUCCUCAAAAAUUGAAAUUAUAAAGUAUAAAAAAUACAACAUAUUCAGUAAAGCUAAAAUUGAAAAAAAAAUAUAAACACUAAAAAUGAAUAUAUAUAUAUUCAUGCCCCUGAUUCCCAUCCAUGGCCUCCGUCUCCGAGCUCACCUGCAUCUACUUCACCAUCCUACAUGACGACGAAGCCACCAUCACGGAGGAUAAAAUCAACACCCUCAUCAAAGCGGCAGGAGUGAACGUGGAGUCUUUCUGGCCGGGUCUCUUUGAGAAGGCUCUAACCAACACUGACAUCAGAAACCACAUUUGCAAUGUGGGAGUCGAUGGUGGUGCUCCAGCCGCAUCAGCCCCUGCCAGAGGAGGGAUGCCUGCCGGCGGUGCUGCUCCUGGUGAAGAGAAAAAAGAGGAAGAAAAUAAAGAAGAGUCGGAAGAAUCCGACAACGACAUGGGCUUCGGUCUUUUUGACUAAACUGUGUU